AUGCAAAAGGUUCCCGACAUCGACCCUUACAUAAAAAAACCCGGUUCUACCGCCUCAUUCCGCGACCCGCGACCACAACGCGGUAAUUCCGCUUUGACCACUCGUCUUCAAACUUCUGGUGGGCAAGCCCCAAUUCAUUCUCCACUACAUAUCACACCACGGAGCACAGCGGAACGGUGUCCAAGGUCCUGGAACGGACAGGACUUCCCGGGUGUCGACCUACUGCAGUUCCUGGUUCGUUCCGAAUCGCGAUCCCCCAGAAGCCCAAGCAGUGCGGUCCUGGGACCCCAACUGCGGUUAGUCAUAAGGAGGGCCUUGCGUGCGAGGAACGGUACAGACCACCCCUCACACCGCCGUUCAAUAACACCUCCCGCAAAUCAGAUGAAGAAGGAUUCCAAUGACGUCUACGAGGACGUGGCUGCCAUGGACUACACCAAGCAGCCGGCCACCGUCCAUAUCGAGAACACCGCCGACGACAAUCUGGUCGCCGUCGAGGCGUCUCAGAACGUCCUCAAACUCACGGAUCUCAAGUGGUCCACAUGGGGAGCCGUGCUCGCCAUGUUCGUCACUAGCUUUGGAACGAACUCGUCGUACAUUCUCAUUAUGAACACCACGGCUGCUGUUGGCGCCGCAUACCAUGACACCACAACUGUCUCGUGGUACGGAACGGCAUACGGUCUUGCUCAAGUUUCCGCCUUGCUUUUUGCAUUUAGCCUCUCGGACAUCAUGGGCCGCAAGCCAUUCUUUAUUAUCGGACUUGUAAUUUCCAUUGCCGGCCACGUCGUCGGACUUGCUGGCCACAACGGGACGCAUGUCAUCGUCGCAUGCGCGCUAAUGGGCUUUGCAUCUGGUAUGACAGGUAUCAGUGCUGCUGCUCUUCCCGAGAUUCUACCCAACAAGUUUAAACCUUUGGCUUCUGGCAUUCAGGAAAUGGCCGCAGCCCUAUGGGCCAUUUUCGGCGGCCUCUUUGGAUACCUCUUGGCAUCGGCUGGCUGGGCACGCUUGGAUUUCCUCUUUGGAGCUGUGUUGCACUCUAUUGCACUUGCUCUCAUUGUUUUCCUCUACUUCCCACCAGAAAACCCCAUUGGUCUCCCAGGUUCGAAAUGGGAGCAAGCCAGGCAUCUCGACUAUGUGGGUAUUCUCACACUCGUGUCAUCCAUGCUGCUUCUUCUUGUUUCGAUCAACCUCGGUGGAGGUACAUAUGGUUGGCACUCGCCAAUGACGUGGGGUCUGUUUGCCGGAAGCUUGGGUCUCCUAAGCAUCACCGUUGCGUGGGAAUGGGCUGGCAAGUGCAAGCUGCCCAUUGUUCCACGCGUUCUCUUCAAGUACAAGCGCAACUACGUGUGCAUGCUUGUAUGCGCCUUUGCCUCGGGGUACUGCCUCAUGGUUCAGGUUGUUUUGUGGCCUUACCUGUGCACCCACUUGUGGACGCAAGACCCCAUCAAAAUUGGCCUGAUGGUCAUUCCAUCGGGCGUCGGCAUGCUCGUCGGCAAUGUUGGAAUUUCGUACUUCACGCGGUUCAUCAAGCGGACCGACCUUCAACUUUCGGCAGCGUUUGCACUCUCUACCGCGUGUGUGGGGCUUCUCGGUGUUCUCAACGCCAACAACAUGCCUGGCGGUCUGGCACUCAGCUUCUUCAUCGGCGCCUUUAUUAGCAUGCUUCUAGUACUGGUCACAGUUCAAGUCGUCUUUGCCAUUCCGCAAGAGCAUCUCGGUGCUGGCAUGGGACUCUGUGGAGCGAUCCGAUCCAUCGGUGGUACGGUUGGUAUGACAAUCUGGUUUUCGCUCAUGUACACCAAACUUGGUCAAGAGACCUACCAAGUUAUCGACGCCGUCAUCGCUCAGGGAGUCAACGCAACCCAAGCUGCUUUGAUCGCUGGUGCUGCUAUCAAUGGCGGAGCUCCGGCAGUUGUGUCGUUGGGCUUUUCGGACGCUGUCGCCAGCGCUAUUGAUGUGGUUGUCAAAGGCGUUUGGCACGACGUCUUCCGGCUGAUUGGAAUUGUCGCCGCUAGCAUGACAGGAAUGGGUUUUAUCUGUUCUUUGGCCGCCCGCGACGUCUUUCACCUCUAUAACGACGGCCGCGCGGUCAACCUCGAUGCCGGUGAUGCGCGUCACCGUGAGGUGGUCAAGGGAACGAUCGAGGAGCAAGUCCAUGAGGCCGAUGUGCGCGUCAAAGUGUAA